AUGCCUUGGGUGCCCAAGGCCCCGCAGGGUUUAACCCUGGAGGCGUGGGUCCCUUUGACAUGUUACGACAUCCCCGCUCAUUUGAACUUCACAACUUCAUCUCUAACCGCUCUGUCCUGUCAGCUUCGCAGCAUGGCCAAGAUGUGCAGGAAAGCGCGUCGCGACGAGUUCCAUCGGUUCAUGGACCUUCCGUCUGAAAUCCGCGACUUGAUUUACAGCCAUGCGCUCUGCAAAGGCAAGGUCAUCGUACCGAACAGCGGGGGCGUGGCGGGAGACCUGGAACCCGUCAAGCACUACAGAACAAACGAUGGGUUUUAUUACCUGCGGUAUAAGGGGCUCGAGCAGGAACUUGUUGCGAUGGGGGACGGUCAACGUGCGCCAAGAGUACUCGGCCUGGUCCAAGGGGUGAGCCGGACAGUGCACGACGAGGCUGCGCGGAUCUUCUUCGGCAGGAACCAGUUCAUCUUCCCCGCCGGUCGGUUCCGGCGUCCUGCAUACUGCAACCUGCUCGAUACUCUCGGACGGUCCAGCGAGGAGGAUUUCACUCGCGACCUGGGGAGCCGCACGAACAACGCGCCGCUCCGCGACGUGAGCUAUACCUUCGACAUGCGGGACCACCCGGGCGACGACUACGCGAACCUGUACAGGAGCUACGCCAUCAAGAGCUCCGUCGACGCGGGGGCGCUCGCGCCGGGGGAGGCGCUGCGGGCCCUCCACGGGCAGAAGAACUUCGACCUCGAGAUCGACUGGGUCGAGCGCAUCGACUGCAUCAAGCGCAUGACCCUGGACCGCCUGGCCCUGGCCUUUGAGGAGUGCUACUGCGCGGUUGGGUGCUGCCGCAGGGUCGGGUGGGUGCUGGACCGCUUCUUACAUGUAGGGCAGCCCCCGGGGGUGGCUGACGUCGAGGCUAAUGCCUACUCCUCGCUUGACUGGGUUUCCCGUCCACCGCUGGUGGUCGAGGUCAUGGGGCUUGUAAAUGAUGAGGAGGAGGCGAUGGCUCGGGAGAAGUUGAGCAGGUUACCUGGCUCCGAGGUCCGUCUCAGCACGACACGUAGUGCCCUGGAUGAGAUUGGGGAUGGGACGGGGCCUGAUGAACACUUGUCUCAGAGACUGUUACUAGACUGA